GUAUACGCGGGAUCUUCGACGAUUAACGUCGCGGAAAAGGAUGGAAAACAAUAAAUGCCGGUUGGACGAGUACCUGUCAAGGUGCAGAACCUUCUUGCCGAUCCUGCUUGCCGCCGCGGCGACGAUGGACUCGGUCAUACCUGUCGGGAAUCAUGAUAGCGAGAGUGAUUACUGAGAAGAUGGUGAGUGACUUAAAACCGGAGUGCUCCUUUUCCUGUUGGUACCCAACGUUCAAGAAAGAUUCCUUGGAGGCGACGAUUCUCGACGUUCCUGAAGAUGUCUUGAAAUAUUUGGAGCACGACGCGUUUUUGCUGCCUAUUGAAGCGGUGAAGUCUUUAGCAGAAGAUUCCGAAUGGACUGAUGGUUCCCCGGUGACCGGUGAGGAUGAGGAAAUUCAGGACCAUCAACCAGCAUUUCCUGAAUUCAGUAAAAAAAUACAAGAUGUGUUAAAUGAAUAUGACGCUAUAUUCAUAAAAACCAAUUGGAGCUCACCUGCAGAUGCAACAUGGGUUGCGCCAACAAAAACUCUCAAAUGUAGGACCUUGGAGGAAGUCUAUUUAUUGUUGAAGAGUUCUGACAGAAUUGCCAAAGAUUUGAAUACUGUAAAAUCUUUAAAAGAUUGCGAGAAUCCUUUGUCAUUCAGCUUAGUAUUGAAGCAGUGGCGAGAUAUCAAUCCUUGCACGGAAUUUCGUUGCUUUGUUGUGGACAAUGAACUCAUUGCUAUAAGUCAGAGAGAUAUAUCGCAGUACCACAGUUCCAAUGAGUCAGAAAAAUAUAAUAUACAGACAGACAUCAAGAGCUUCUUUUUGGAGCGCAUCAAAGGCAGAUUUCCAUUAUAUAAUUAUUCUUUCGAUGUCGUACGACGCAAAAAGGACAAUGUAAAAAUAAUAGAUUUCGGUCCGAUGAAUGCAUCAUCUGCGAAAGGAACGCUCUUUACGUACGAGGAAUUACAAAAUCAUAUUAGUGACACACCAGAGUUUCGUUUUAUUGGAGAGGAUAUAGGUAUUCAACCAAAGCCUCCUACACACUUUUGCAUUCCACAAGAGAUCAGCGAGUUUUUCCAAUCGAGUGAUAACGUCUCAUUAUUGAACUUUAUUCAGAGGGAGGUGGAAAACCAACGGAAAGAGCAUCAAGAUACUAAUAGUUCGGAAAAUACCUGAUGUAUAUAUAAUAAUAAAUAUUUUUCUUAUAUAUAUGAAUAUUAGCUGUAAUUUUCUUACAGCUGUAUAACUGGCUUAUUCAUAUGUAUAUAAGAAAUGCAAAAUUUAAAAGAAACAAUGUAAAUAUAUAAAUACAUUCUCGAUAUAUUUUAUCUUAAAAAAAACCGAGAAAUUAAGUAUCUAAUAUAGCUAAUAAGUAUAUAAACGAUUAUAUAUACACAAUAACUAGAGAUUCUAUUCAUUAAUUUCAAUAUAUUACAAUUCUAGCCCGUUUAAGUCCUAAGUUUUGAGAUCAUUCGAUUAAUUGGAGUGUUAAGGGGAAUAAUCGAACUUGUUUAAAUUGCUUCACUCUUAUUAAAUUAUCAAAUCUUCAAAGUAUCUGUCGCACAUAUCUUUUGCUCUUCAUUCCGCGAUACGAUAUAAAAGAAGAAAUCUUGCUUCUAAAUUGCUUGAAUUUAUCAGUUAACUUGAGGCCGAUAAGUUUCGUUUUAUAACGAAAUUACGAUUCGAAGCUUCUCCUCGAGUUCUAUAGUUACAAUUAAAUAUAUUCCAGAUGAGGCGCUCACACAUCUUGAUGAUGUGACAUGAGUAUAUGCGUUGUUGUGUAUACUUGUAUAUGUGAAUGAAUAUACACCGACAAAAAUAUUUAAAUACA